AUGAUUGCUGGCCAGUUCGCCCUUGUGGCCUCCCAGCUAUUGCUGAUGGAGGCAUCUAAGUUCUGGGUGAUGUGCCUUGGCCGACUUUUUGAGGGCAUCAGCUCCGCUAUAAUCCUAGUAGCUGGUCUGGCCUUGAUAUGCGACAGAACACCGGACAAAGAUAUCGGAGGUACUGGCCAUGUUUCUUCUGGUAUUCAUGCUGCAGCAAUGACACGUCAUGCAGGGCAACUUGGAGUCGCUAUGGUCGGCCUGCCGCUGGGUGCACUGGUGGGACCGCCAGUGGGAGGUGCCCUGUAUGCGCGCUGGGGCUACCGCGCCCCCUUCAUCUUCACUAUUCUAUUCACACUGGUAGACUUCGCCGGCCGGGUGCUCAUCAUAGAGCCGCCAGCAGAGAUCGGCCAGCGAGAUGACGAAGAGCACAACUCGAAGUCAGACAUCGCGCUGGCUGCAACGCAAGAGCUCCCAUCUCUCGCGGCAGCGGCCCUAGGACACCUGGAUCUCCAGAUCAUCGAGACCGUGUCCGACCCCAGCAUUCCCGCCCCACACGUGCUCGCGAGGAAAGCACCGGAGCUCUCACUGCUCGGUGUCAUGGUGAGGCUGCUGUCCUCGUCGCGCACGCUUGUGUCGCUGUCUGUGGCCUUCUUCUGCUCGUUCGCGUUCUCCGCGGCGGACGUCACGCUCCCCCUGCGCCUGCAGGCAGUCUGGGGGCUCAGCGCGUCCCGGGUCGGCGUAGUGUUCAUCGCUGCAAUCGUGCCGACGUUGAUAUGGUUUCUGACAGACAGGGUCGGUCCGGCGUGGGUCGCAGCUGCUCUCCUCUUCGCGGGCAUACCGUGGUGGGGUGCGCUGACGCGCACUUUCUCGUUGGCGUUCUUCAUCGCCUCCUUCGCUAUCGAGAAUUUCUUUAUCGCGGCGGUCGUGUCUCCGGUUACAGCGGAACUCGCCUCGAUCACGCGAACCAUGGACGGCGUUGGCUACGCUCAUUCGUACGGAACGUUCAACAUCAUCUUUGGCCUGGGAAACGCUGGUAAGAACAUCACUUCUCCAGAUGUGCACAGGCAUGCCGAGCUGACUGGAUCUGCGUCACCAGCGGGUGCUAUUGUCGGGGGACAGAUCUACAGCCACUCCUCGGCCGGUUGGCCCAUUAUAUGCUACAUCAACGUCGGUCUGCUAACUUUCACCCUCGCUGUGACUGCGGCGUUCCUCGAGGAACGUCCGUUGGCGCUCCGCGGAUGGGAUCUGUUGCGAGGAAGGCGGCGGGGACUAAAGGCGGGAGAGGCUGCGCCCGGGCAAGAUGUCGCCUUGGGUCAUCAGAUGGGCCUGCAAUCAAGAUAG